GAGAAAGAGAGAGAGCAAGCGAGCGGCAUGAGGAGGUUGGAAGGGCGUUUGAUUGAGACUGUGGAUAGCAGCGUGAGCGGCUGAGAGAACCACAUGACUGAGGAGGAAACGGCAUAGAUGUGAAGAUUUUUUUCUGGAUUUAAGAACGCUGGAGCUUCAUUUCACAGGAGCACGACGUAGAGUCGGUCAUGUAGAGGGAUGUCCUCUUCAGAUGGAGUCUGAACAGAGGUGCAAAGGGGUUUUGUGACAGAGACAAGUCUAUAUAGCUGAGUCACUUGAGGGAGGACCACCAACCCCUUUCCCUUCAUCCCUCACCCUUGACCCCUGCCCCCUCCUCUCCUCAAGGAGUCAUGGCGCCUCGUAAACGUGGCGGUGGAGGCCGGGGCGUGUCCUUUAUCUUCUGCUGCUUCCAGAGCAAUGACCAUCCAGAGAUCACGUACCGGCUGCGGGAGGACUUUGUCCUGCAGACCAUGGAGCCUACACUCCCCAUUCCCAGCUACGAUGAGCUGGACUGCAUGUUCUCUGAGCUUGUGGAUGAGCUGGACCUCACAGAGAAGCACAGAGAAGCCAUGUUUGCAUUGCCUGCAGAAAAGAAAUGGCAGAUCUACUGCAGCAAGAAGAAGGAACAAGAAGAGAAUAAAGGUGCUACUAGCUGGCCGGAGUACUACAUCGACCAGCUCAAUUCAAUGGCAGCUAGGAAGACCCUUCUGGCUCUGGAGAAGGAGGAAGAAGAGGAACGCAACAAGACUAUAGAAAGCCUCAAAACUGCACUGCGGACACAACCUAUGAGGUUUGUCACUCGUUUUAUAGACCUAGAUGGUCUUACCUGCAUCCUGAACUUCCUGAAGAGUAUGGACUAUGAGACCACCGAGUCUCAGAUUCACACCUCCCUCAUUGGUUGCAUCAAAGCACUGAUGAACAACUCGCAGGGCCGAGCUCAUGUGCUUUCUCACCCUGAGAGCAUUAACAUCAUUGCCCAGAGCCUGGCCACCGAGAACAUCAAGACCAAGGUGGCUGUGCUGGAGAUCAUGGGAGCUGUGUGCCUGGUGCCUGGAGGUCAUAAGAAGGUUUUAGAGGCUAUGCUACACUACCAGAACUUUGCCUGUGAACGGACACGCUUUCAGAUGCUUCUAAAUGAUCUGGACCGAAAUACAGGGCGGUACAGGGAUGAGGUUAGCUUGAAAACAGCCAUCAUGUCCUUCAUUAAUGCUGUUCUGAGCCAGGGAGCUGGAGAGACCAGUCUCGAGUUCAGGGUACAUCUGAGAUACGAGUUCCUCAUGUUGGGGAUUCAGCCAGUCAUCGAUAAACUCAGGUCACAUGAAAACUCGACAUUAGACCGGCAUUUGGAUUACUUUGAAAUGCUCAGAAAUGACGAUGAGCUGACUUUAUCCAGACGCUUUGAGAGUAUUCAUAUAGAUACUAAAAGUGCAGGCCAAGUGUUUGACCUCAUACGCAAGAAGAUGACUCACACAGACGCAUACCCGCACUUUAUGUCCAUACUGCACCACUGCCUGCUUAUGCCAUAUAAGAGGAGCGGGAACAUGGUGCAGUACUGGUUGCUUCUUGACCGUAUUGUCCAACAGAUGGUCCUCCAGAAUGACAAAGGCCAUGACCCCGAUGUCACACCUUUAGAAAAUUUUAACGUCAAGAAUGUGGUUAGAAUGCUCGUCAAUGAAAAUGAGGUUAAACAGUGGAAAGAGCAGGCUGAAAAGAUGCGGAAAGACCACCACGAGCUUCAACAGAAGUUGGAGAAGAAGGAGCGAGAGUGUGAAGUCAAAUCCCAAGAGAAAGAUGAUAUGAUGCAGACACUCAAUAAGAUGAAAGAGAAACUGGAGAAAGAGACAGGAGAACAUCGACUGGUUAAGCAGCAGGUGGCAGAGCUUAAUGCCCGCCUGCAUGAUCUCAGCACGAGGCAGGUAGCUAUUGUCCCUGGUGGCCCUCCAUUAAUCCCUGGACCCCCAGGUGGACCUCUUUCCCUUCCACUUGCUCCUCCUCCCCCAGGAGGAAUGAUGCCACCUCCUCCACCCCCUCCACCCUCCGGUGCGAUGUUGCCCCCGCCACCACCUCCUCCACCUGGUGGCCCUCCACCUCUCCCUGGACGCCCUGCUCUUGGUGGUCCACCGCCUCCUCCAGGAGCCCCUGUAGGCCCAUCUCUCAAGAAGAAGAAUAUUCCCCAGCCAUCAAAUCCACUGAAGUCUUUCAACUGGUCCAAGUUGUCUGAGAAUAAGUUGGAAGGCACAGUGUGGGCUGAAGUUGAUGAUUACAAGGUUUUCAAAAUCCUAGACCUGGAAGACAUUGAGAAGACCUUCUCAGCAUACCAGAGGCAACAGGACUUCUUUAUGGUCAAUAACAGCAAACAGAAAGAGACCGAGGACGACACUCUGAGCUCAAAGAAAGUCAAAGAGCUCUCUGUCAUAGAUGGCCGACGAGCACAAAACUGCAAUAUCCUGCUCUCACGCUUGAAACUCUCCAAUGAGGAAAUGAAGAGGGCUAUCAUGACUAUGGAUGAACAGGAAGAUCUGCCUAAGGACAUGCUAGAGCAGAUGUUGAAGUUUAUCCCAGAGAAGAGUGAUGUGGAUCUGCUGGAAGAACAUAAACAUGAACUGGACCGGAUGGCAAAAGCAGAUCGUUUUCUCUAUGAGAUGAGCAGAAUAAACCAUUACCAGCAGAGGUUACAGUCUCUGUACUUCAAGAAGAAGUUUGCAGAGAGAAUUGCAGAAAUAAAGCCCAAAGUUGAAGCUUUAAUUAAAGCCUCUAAAGAAGUGCUGCAGAGCUCAAACCUUAAGCAGCUCCUCGAGGUUGUGCUGGCAUUUGGAAACUACAUGAACAAGGGUCAGAGAGGAAAUGCUUACGGUUUUAAAGUGUCCUCGCUCAACAAGAUCGCUGAUACCAAGUCUAGCAUUGACAAAAACAUCACUCUUUUACACUACCUGAUCACCAUCCUAGAGAAGAAGUACCCAAAAGUCAUGCGGUUCCAAGAGGACCUCCAGAACGUGCAAGAAGCCGCUAAAGUCAAUAUGACCGAGUUGGAAAAGGAAAUCAACAACCUGCGCAGUGGCUUGAAGAAUGUGGAAAAUGAGCUGGAAUUCCAGAAAAAGCGUCCACAGGAGGUGGGAGAUAAGUUUGUGCCUGUGGUCAGCCAGUUUGUUACACUCGCCAGCUUCAGCUUUUCUGAUGUAGAAGACUCCCUUACUGAAGCCAAGGAACUGUUUGAUAAAGCGGUGAAGCACUUUGGUGAAGAUGGUGGGAAGAUGCAACCGGAUGAGUUCUUCGGCAUCUUCGACCAGUUCCUGCAAGCCUUCGCAGAAGCUCGGCAGGAGAACGAGAACAUGCGGCGACGCAAAGAGGAAGAGGAGCGCCGGGCACGCAUGGAGGCGCAGCUAAAGGAGCAGCGAGAGAAAGAAAGAAAAGCUCGGAAGGCCAAAGAGACCGGAGAAGACAACGGGGGCGAGUUUGAUGACCUGGUGUCAGCGCUACGCUCCGGUGAAGUGUUUGAUAAGGACCUGUCCAAGAUGAAGCGCAACCGCAAACGUAUCAACAGCCAAACCACAGACACAGGCAGAGAGCGACCCAUCACUAAACUCAACUUCUGAGAUGUGGCUGCUUUGGCCACAAUGCUUAACCUUCUCACCUAAGGCCCAUUCCGUCAUCUGUGCUAUCCAGAACUGUUCCUUCACUGGACAAUACUGCCUCACAGUGGAGGACUUGGAGAGCACUCAUUUGCAACACAUCUUUAAACUUCAUAUGGAAAGAGGAAUUAUUGGCCUGAGGGUUUCUGUCCACAUAUUUUGCUCCUUCUGACUCUGAGGACUGUAAAGGGGGUACUGCUUAUAAAGUGGAAAGAUAUGUUUAUAAUUUCUAAGACUAUGGCUGCCAAGAUAUUCUUCUUCUUCUUUUUUUUUUUUUUUUUUUGAGGAAAUUGAGUUUUCACCUUGGUGCUGGUGCACCAAGAUUACAGACUUGGAAGACAAAACAAAAAUUGCUAGUCAAAUCUGGAUUUGACCUAGGAGGAACACAUAACAUGGGUACAGCAAUCUUUGUUUUUUUUCCACUUUUACAUCAUUCAGAAAAAGGCCAAACUCACAUCUUUAUUAAAAAAACAGCACGAGUUACUCAUUGGCUCAUUCUUGAAAUUGAGGCAUGGCAUGCAGGAUAGAACUUGUCUAAAUGUGUCUGGACCUGUUACCUGGAGAUUAAGCUUAGUAAUAAAGAAAAAAAAAAGACCCGACAUGGUUAAUUAACAAGCAACAUAAUCUGCUCCAAGCUAUAACUUAAUCUUAGUGCAGAAAACAGACCCGAAGAACUCAACACUAAACAGCUUUAAAUGGCUAUGCUUUUUCCUUUUAUUAUUAAGGACCAUUUUUUUAUAUAGUGAGCUUUUAUUGAAUACUAAUCACAGUAACCAGGGGUAUGGGUUGUGUAGGUUGUUUAUUACACGGUUAUUGAGAAUUGCAUUGGAUAUCAGACACAGGCUGGCUGAAGAACAUUUUUAAAGAUAAGUUUUAGAUAAGGAGUUGGCCCAGGCCCACGUCGUUUCAAACACUGUGGAUGCUCCUUUUGUGCAGAUUCUAUGCAUUUAUGUUGUUGGAUCUUUCAUCAAGACAGAUGGUCAUGUGAAAUCUGUAGACUUAUUUAAAAAGAAACAUCCCAGUAAGUAAAUCAAUGCAAGAGACUCUCCCUCAGCUCUUCCUUCAUCACUGGAUAUAUUCCAGUAUUUUUAUCCACAGUGUAUGUUGUGACCAUGUGAUAUGCCUACAUUGAACUAUGUUUGUAAUUUAAAGUAAAAAAAAAAAAAAAAUGCCUUCCAUUGUAAGAUGGCGCUUAAAAGAGAAUAAAUGGAAAAAUUUGAAUGUU